AGGGGCAAGAGACGUUUGGGGCUGAAGCUAACUGGACGGGUCGCUCCAGCUCUCCGAGGAGAGGCGCUUCCAGUCCCUGGAGAAGGGGCGAGUCCCACGCGAGUCCCCGGGAAAGGCUGCGCGCUCGACGGGGACGGUCGGGCUGCCUUUGCCGGUUGAGGGCUUGGCGCCGGGCUCCCCUCCUUUCCACCUCGGGAACGAGGGAGGGAGGGAGGGAGAGUGGGAGGGGGAAGGUCCCGCGAAGGCGGCAGAAUGGCCAGUCGAGGGGGGUUUGGGCGCUGCUUUUCCCCGGAGCUGUCUCCACUCCUGCAACUGCUGCCAGGGCUGGCCUGAGCCGGGGCUCCCCGCUCUCCUGACGCGAGUCGGCGCGACCCCCGGGGCCGGGGCAACGGCGCCAGCAUGUCGUCCGGCACCAUGAAGUUCAAUGGUUACUUGAGGGUUCGCAUCGGCGAGGCUGUGGGGCUGCAGCCCACCCGCUGGUCCCUGCGCCACUCACUUUUCAAGAAGGGCCACCAACUGCUGGACCCCUACCUGACGGUGAGUGUGGACCAGGUGCGCGUGGGCCAGACCAGCACCAAGCAGAAGACCAACAAACCCACGUACAACGAGGAAUUCUGCGCCAAUGUUACCGACGGCGGCCACCUUGAGCUGGCGGUCUUCCACGAGACGCCCCUGGGCUACGACCACUUUGUGGCCAACUGUACCCUGCAAUUCCAGGAGCUUCUGCGCACAGCCGGCGCGUCGGACACCUUCGAAGGUUGGGUGGAUCUGGAGCCAGAGGGGAAAGUAUUUGUCGUAAUAACUCUGACAGGGAGUUUCACUGAAGCUACUCUCCAGAGAGACCGAAUCUUCAAACAUUUUACCAGAAAGCGCCAGAGGGCUAUGCGAAGGCGAGUCCACCAGAUCAAUGGACACAAAUUUAUGGCCACAUACUUGAGGCAGCCCACAUACUGCUCUCACUGCAGGGAGUUCAUCUGGGGAGUCUUUGGGAAACAGGGUUAUCAAUGUCAAGUGUGCACCUGUGUUGUCCAUAAGCGCUGCCAUCAUCUAAUUGUUACAGCCUGUACUUGCCAAAACAAUAUGAACAAAGUGGAUUCAAAGAUUGCUGAACAGAGGUUUGGAAUCAACAUUCCGCACAAGUUCAACAUCCACAACUACAAAGUGCCAACGUUUUGUGAUCACUGUGGCUCCUUGCUCUGGGGGAUAAUGAGACAAGGGCUUCAGUGUAAAAUAUGUAAAAUGAAUGUACACAUCCGAUGUCAAGCAAAUGUGGCCCCUAACUGUGGGGUGAAUGCUGUGGAGCUGGCCAAGACACUGGCGGGGAUGGGCCUCCAACCUGGAAAUAUCUCUCCCACCUCGAAGCUUGUUUCCAGAUCGACCUUAAGGCGACAAGGAAAGGAAAGCACCAGAGAAGGAAAUGGGAUUGGAGUUAAUUCUUCCAACCGACUUGGCAUCGACAACUUUGAGUUCAUCCGAGUGUUAGGGAAAGGGAGUUUUGGGAAGGUGAUGCUUGCAAGAAUAAAAGAAACAGGAGACCUGUAUGCUGUGAAGGUGCUAAAGAAGGACGUGAUCCUCCAGGACGAUGACGUGGAGUGCACGAUGACCGAGAAGAGGAUCCUGUCUCUGGCCCGCAAUCACCCCUUCCUCACUCAGCUCUUCUGUUGUUUUCAGACCCCGGAUCGUCUGUUUUUUGUGAUGGAGUUUGUGAAUGGGGGCGACCUGAUGUUCCACAUCCAGAAGUCUCGCCGCUUUGAUGAAGCUCGAGCUCGUUUCUAUGCUGCAGAAAUCAUUUCGGCGCUCAUGUUCCUACACGAGAAAGGAAUCAUCUAUAGAGAUCUUAAACUGGAUAACGUCCUGCUGGACCAUGAGGGCCACUGUAAAUUGGCAGACUUCGGAAUGUGCAAGGAGGGGAUCUGUAAUGGUGUCACCACGGCAACAUUCUGUGGCACACCCGAUUAUAUUGCUCCAGAGAUCCUGCAGGAAAUGCUCUAUGGACCUGCCGUGGAUUGGUGGGCAAUGGGUGUGUUGCUCUAUGAGAUGCUCUGUGGGCACGCACCCUUUGAGGCAGAGAAUGAAGAUGACCUCUUUGAGGCCAUACUGAAUGAUGAGGUGGUCUACCCUACUUGGCUCCAUGAAGAUGCCACCGGGAUCCUAAAAUCUUUCAUGACCAAGAACCCCACCAUGCGCUUGGGCAGCCUGACUCAGGGAGGUGAGCAUGCCAUCUUGAGACAUCCUUUCUUUAAGGAAAUCGACUGGACCCAGCUGAACCAUCGUCAACUAGAACCACCUUUCAGACCCAGAAUUAAAUCCCGAGAAGAUGUCAGUAAUUUUGACCCUGAUUUCAUAAAGGAAGAGCCAAUUUUAACCCCGAUCGAUGAGGGACAUCUUCCUAUGAUUAACCAAGAUGAGUUUAGAAACUUUUCCUAUGUGUCUCCAGAAUUGCAACCAUAGUGUUAUGGAGAAUGAGAGAGACACUGUGAGAAUGAAUCAAAAAGGAAUCAAGAUAUUCCAAGGAAUUUCCUUUGGAGAACUUCCCAGCCUCAGCCUUAGAACAAGAACCUUACCUUCAAGGAGCAGGUGGAGAAUUCUGCAAAGGACAGAGCUUCAAGAUAUCAACUUUCAAGUCCUGAGGGAGCCAAGGUUCUGGAAAUAGUUGAUAUGGAUGUGAGAUUUCAAGAAAUAUCUUGCUUAAACUGUGUUUCCAGUGGCUACUUGGGGCUUGGGAAAUUAACAGGAGCCAAAAGGAGAAAAAGUAUGAAGAAUAAACUUGGUCU